AUGUCCCUACAACCGAUCCUGCGGCGGUCCUUGGCCGUGCCCGUCGCGAAUGGGACCAAGUCGUUUGUGCUGCCGUGUAAGAAGGUACAUCGAGAGUGUGGCCUGCCCCUUUGCUCGUCGUCAACUUCGACAUCGUGCUCUUCCUCUUUGCGAAACGCGACUCCUCUGUGGUUGCGCAUCGCAGACAAUCGAUACCCUCUCCACCCUACUCACCCAAUCGCUUCACCUCCAACAGGUCGUCUUCGAAUACUGCGAGACAUGGGGUUCGAACCGAGGGAUGCGAGAGUUCCUCGCGAACGGGCCGAUCGUCUCAUUCGCUCGAAAAUACCCUGGGGUUGAGAUGGUCGUGCAGAGGGUCGAUAACCGACAUCCCCAUCUGAGAGCAGUUUAUGGUCAGUGGACGAAGCCGCCCUUCACUGAAUCGGCCUGGAUCGUUGGACUGAGACGACUCUCCUCCCCGACGUUCCUCUUUUCUUUCCAGUCAACGGUCGGGACAAAGUCAUCUGCGUGCGUUCCUUACCACCCCCUUCGAUUGGCGCCAAAUUGCAGCUGCUGCUCGACUCGUCGGGAAGCAAGAUCACAACAUUGAAACGACCCAAGGUCGAGAGUUCGAACGAGAGUGUCAGGGGGAUCUGGAGCGCGUUCCAUGACGAGGCGAAUCAGACGACGUUGAGGAGGAAGGCUUGA